AUUAACUCUUUUAUAAAACCGAAAUAUAAAUAAAACUGUAUUUUAUUUACGAAAAAUUAAGAUUUUACUCAUUUUAUGCUUAUUUAAACAGUAGAUGAGGUAACACUUGUGCAGAAGGAACUUUCAGCUAGGUACGUUGUAAAUUAAGAAAGAGUCAGAUCCUUAAAGAAAAAAACAUGGUAUAUAGAUGCAUUAUGUGUGAUUUGAUUUUUCAUCAUAGACCUUUAUACAUUUCUCUUCAGUUAAAUUAUUCAACAGAAAAACAUCAAUGCCAAGUCUGCCGACAGGGAUUUAUCACUGAAAAAGCUUUACUACAACACAUGAAUGACAUCCACCCAGAUGCGGUUUCUUACGUUUGUGAACAAUGCUUUAAGGGUUUGGAAACUAGAAGAAACUUGCUUCAUCUGAAAAUGCAUUCAACGAAAUUGUAUAAAUGUACAAUUUGUCCUGCAGAUUUUACAACUGAAGAAAAACUAUUGCAGCACAUUAGGAUUCACGAAUAUUUAGCAUCCUCCAAUCAAUUCUUGCAGGAACUAUCGAUGCAAGCUGCUCCUUCGACUCGGAACGUGCAGGAACCAUGGAUAAAAGAGGAACCUUUAACUCGAAACGUGCAGGAACCAUGGAUGGAAGCGGGCCCUUCAACUCGAAACGUGCAGGAAUUAUGGAUGGAAGCGGGUCCUUCAACUGGAAACGUGCAACGACAAUCGAUAAAAGAGGAACGUUCAACUCGAAACGUGCAAGAACCAUCGAUAAAAUAGGAACUUUUAACUCCAAACGUACAGGAACCAUCGAUAAAAAAGGAACUUUCAACAAGAAACCUGCAGGAACCAUCGAUGCAAGCAGGACGUCCAUCAAGCAUUUGUUGUUGUAUAUCCUUCAUUGUUGCGCCGAUAUGUAAAUCGCUCCGAAUAGAAGAAAAAAG